UUUAAUUUAACAGAAAAAUGACUUUACUCUUGGAAAUACAAAAUGUUAUGCAAUAAUACACUUCACUGGCAAUCAAUUUAAACUCAUAUAUACAAAAUACACAUUAAAAACUAUACUUAAUAGAUAUUAUUACCUUAAACCUUACGAACUACUCCUACAGAUAUACCGGUGUAUAUACUUUUUUCGUUGCGCGUUCCGAGUGAAGAAACGCCUACUGAACCAGAAGUUGUUAACUACCAUUGAAAUUAAACCUCAGCAGUUUAAAAGUGUGUUUAGAUUUGGCAAAAAAAAUAUGAUUGUUUAUUAAGCAUGUUUGAAACAACGCUUAUCAUUUGGAUAUCGUGUAAUAUGUCGGAGUGAAGUUGAUCGUUAUUUGUGUUUUCUUCGUAUCAGCUCACAUCGAAACAAUUUACUUCCUUGUAACAAAAUAAACAGACUUGGCUGAAUGAACAUCUAUAUUUGAUAUAGUUCGUGAAUAUUUUUAAAAUCAAGAGAGAAAAUGGAAUCUAAUUUUGAAUCAUCAAUAUCUUCCCAUAGAUGGUGUUAAGGUUCGAGAGGAACUAGAACUCAGUGUUAUUAUCCGUGGAAAUGGGUCAGUUCGCUAUAAAAUAUAAAGGAAAAAAGUCCUUCCUACAACUAUUCGGCAAUCUCCGGUCAGCUCGGGAUAGACAUUCGUUACUACUCGGCAGUCUUCGUCGCGCCCCUGAAUCGACAAUAAAUCGAAUGUGAAAGGCUCACUCGACAUUUGAUAACUAGUUUUAAUGUUGACACAGGAAUUAACAUUUUUGGAUUUGAAAACUUAUUGUAAAUUUAGCACGGUUGUAACUACGCUUAUCAUUUUGAUCGUGUUAUAUGUCAGUGUUUAACUGAUCGAAAUAUUGGUUUUCUUCAGCUCAGUACAAAAUAUUAAACUUCCUAGUUAUAAAACAAACAUAAACUGACUGCUUGAACUAGUUUGUGAGUCAUUUUUAAACUCAAGAGAGAAAAUGGAAUCCAAUUUCGAAUCAUCCAUUCAGAGGGGCUGUGACUUCAUCCAUGAUUUUUCCUGCUCUCCGUGUGAAGAGAACGGAUUUAACACAGAAGCUCACCAUUAUUGUACACAAUGCAAAAAAUAUUACUGCCAAAACUGUGUUUCAAAACAUAACGUUUUAUAUCAGAAGCACGCGGUGCUCGGCCGGAAGGACGUUAAGAAAUGGGAGGCAGCCCCAGGGGUGGUUGACGCCCUGGAGAGAUGCGGGAUGCACCCCGGGGAGGCGCUGAAGCUGGUAUGUGGUGACCAUGACCAGCUUUGCUGUUCUGUAUGUGUUGCCAUUGACCACAGACAAUGCUCCAAAAUCAAGCACAUUCCAGAUGUAGCAAAAGGUGUUCAGAGAAAUAUUGAGUUUCAUCAAAUUCCAAAGAAGAUAAAUGAACUUCAAAAGCAAUUCGAGCUGAUGAAAGAAGCACGAUUGAAUAAUACGACAUCUCUGAAAAAGACGCGGGCAGCCAUUUCUGACGAAAUAAAAACCAUACGUAGGAAGAUCAACGAAAUCCUUGACAAGAUUGAGAAAACAACUUUACAGGAAUUGGACGGAAUGAUAGCUGCACUUGAAAAAAACCUAAAGAAAGAUAUCGAAACUUGUGAAAAAUGGACUAUCGAACUGCAAAACAUGAUUGCCGCUUUUCAAACCAAAGCAAAAUCAAGCGAGUCAAACUCAUAUAUUGCGUACAGAAAGAGCCAGGAUAUGAUUUCACAAGCAAACGAUAAUCUUCGUGGCAUAUCAACCAUAGAGUGUUACAAUGUAACAUGUAAAGCCAAUAAUCGUAUAGAAGAACUUUUAUCUUCAAUAAAGACCUUUGGAGCGAUUGAGGAACAAACUGUUAUGACCAAACAGCGAGAAGAUCACCUUUCCGAUCCAAACCACGUCUUUAGUGUUGCAGAGUACAAGGAGUACAACGUGAGGAUGAGAGACGACAAAAAUCAAUGUGCUAUCCAAGGUGUUUUUGAAAUGCCAAGUGGAGAGUUUGUUAUAGCAGACCGGGAUAAUUGUAAAGUGAAGCUCCUGGACAAGGCAUACAGAGUGCUCGACCACUGUGGUGUCCCGGGGGAACCAUGGGACGUGUGCCACAUUGACGGAAAUGAAGUGGCCGUUUGUGUUAACAGUAGACAGACUGACACACGAGGAUUAUAUUUCAUUAAUGCUUCGGAAGGGAAACUCGUAACUACGAGGAAGUUAACCUCCACCCAUGGAUGUAUUGCCGCAGCUCAUCAUGGUGGCCAGCUUUACAUCUCCUCCGGUACCGCCCUGUACGUCUACACGAUGUCGGGACAGAAGGUGAAGAGGCUGUACGUAGACAUUUCUGGGACUUUCACGGUGAUGAAAUGUGCCAUCAGUAACGACGGGGAGACAAUCUACAUAACAAACUACACUGGACAUGAAUUGAUCACCCUAAAAAACAAAGGUAACAAGCUAGCCUCUCUCACUGAUCCUGACAUGAAAAGUCCUAUCGGAGUACACGUGACGUCUGCUGGACACGUGUUCGUCUGCUGCUCGAGCUCCGGCACAGUGCUGCAGGUUGACAAAGACGGGAAAAAGAAGUUGGCCACAUUGGCAAGGAAAGAAGACGGAGUGUGCCGACCGUAUAGUUUAUUUUUCAGCAGCCGCACUUCUUCUCUGAUUGUUGGUGGAGAGAAAGAGACAGUACUGGUUAUCAAGUUAAUUUAAUACUAAAAACUAUUCAUGUUUGAUUUUGGUACUAUCGAACUAGGAUUUUUUCCUAAUUGAUGCAAAGUACAUUGCGGCAUUGUCAAAGAUAAAUGUUAAUUUUAGACCCCUGGUUAUAAUUUUAAAUGCUAUAAAUCCAAUAGCUUCCUGUGAAUACGUAUAUUUGAUCAAAUUAGGGACAAUUUUAUAUGACACAAGCUAUUUGUAAUCAUAAUGAUCUUUUCGAUGAAUGUAGAUAGUUCAAUAUUUGUGUUUAUACAUUGCCUAUUAAAGAGCAUAUGAACGGAUUGCUUUUUUAAUAUGCUGUCUCCUAAUUUUACAAUCAUUGAAAAGAAGAGCAUAUGAACGGAUUGCUUUUUUAAUAAGCUGUCUCCUAUUUUUAGAAUCAUUGAAAAAGAAGGAAAUAAACGUUUUAUCAAACUCAUCCUGGCGUCUAAUAAUACUUUGGCACGUAUUACUUGCAGAACUACAUCAGAUUGUAUAAUUGAAUCGAACUGUAAUGAACAUUAAAAUGAAUAU